GCGAGGGUUCAGGGAUACAACUAGUCAAGCUAUGGAAUAAACCGUUGUCUUGAGCGGGACCAACGGGCAUAACACAUGCCUGGACACAUGGCUGAGUUGUUGGGGGCAGUUUCCAACUUGUAAGGAUUGAGGUUAGGUACCUACCAUGAGUGAAACUGGGAUCCAAAAGUCCGGUUAUUAAUCCUUUCAACAUGCAUUCUUCCUCGUCUCAAUUCGCACAGCGAUCACCCACCACGCACGCUAACAACAUUGUUAUGUCUGAAUACUAAUAAAGGUGUAGAUCCGUUGUCGGACCUAGAGAGGUCGCCCAUGAGGUUUGAUGCUGAGCUGGGGGAGCCGUCUGUUUUCAAGGGACAACCCCGGGAAGAGCUCGAUGAGAUGUGGGACUCUCCGGUUGACCAACCAAUGAUCUUGGUGAACAACGAAACACUUCAGGCGUUCGACCCAAUAUCCAAGCCUACGAAAAGCGCAAAUCGGCACUACGCCCUGGUGGAGGUUUUUUCAUCAGCUCCACUGCUUGAAUAUAUCACCCGAAAGUUCAUUUGGAGAAAUCACUAUCAGCAUGUCGAUACUUUCCAGGAUCCGCCUGAAACGACCUGGGAACAUGUUGAUCGCUGCAUCGAUCUUCUUCGCCAGGUGCUCAUGUGCCAUGCCGAUACUGGCUUUAUCUUCUACACAGACCACGGGGAUGCCCAGCCUGAGGCACGUGUAUCUACAGUUCACAUGUGUCGCAAUUUCUCUCGUAUCGUCAAUUGGGUCAACGACCACGACUCCUCGCUCGAAAUAUUUGCUGGGAUUCUUUGAGGGCCAGAUGAUCGGGGAAACAUGUACAUAAUUAGGUACUGUUAGAAACUGCUUAUCCACGGCGGUCGAGAAGAGAAAGGCAAUGUAUCUAGUAACUAGAACAGUGGGUGAUUUUGGCAUAUCCUAAAAUAAAGAUUAAGCAUAUGGUGG